AUGUUGUCGCGAGAAUAGCUACACGAGUUUUUCUGGCCUCUUUUAAUCUACAGGAAAGUGGCCGAGGACGAAGAGUGGACUGUUGUUAUUCUUUCAGCCGGUAUUUUGGAAAAAGGUCGAAUAUAAAUAUAUCCGCAGGAUUAAUAAAGUCGAGUAAAUCAUAAAAAGUGUUUACUUCCACAGAUGUCGGACGACUUGAUGAAACAACUGAGCAGCUAUAAAGCCCAGCUGCAGCAAGUAGACGUUGCGUUAUCGACAGAUCCUGAAAAUGAAGAUCUCCAAAAACUCCAUAAAGACUUGCAGGAAGUCAUCGAUUUGACAAAAGACCUGUUGGCUUCACAGCCUAGUGAUAGUACUUCCAGUAAAGAUGGCACAGAAGCUGUCCCCCAAAAGAAAAGCUGGAAAGUCGGAAACAGAUGUAUGGCUGUGUGGAGUAACGAUGGACAGGUGUAUGAGGCCGAGAUUGAAGAGAUAGAUCGAGAAAAUGGAACUGCGGCUGUUACCUUUAUUGAAUAUGGCAAUGCUGAAGUGAUCCCCCUGCAGAACCUCAGGGCAGCGGAGGAGGGCAAAAGCUCUGAGGACGGAAAGCCCAAAUCAAAGAAAGAGAAAAUGGCUGAGCAGAGAGAGUACAAGAAGAAGAAAGCCCAGAAGAAGGUGCAGAGGAUGAAGGAAUUGGAGCAGGAGAGAGAAGAUCAGAAGUCAAAGUGGCAGCAGUUCAACAACAAAGCCUACUCAAAAAACAAGAAAGGCCAAGUAAAGAGAAGCAUAUUCGCGUCACCAGAGAGCGUAAAUGGAAAAGUUGGAGUGGGAACAUGCGGAAUCGCUGACAAGCCCAUGACUCAGUACAACGACACGUCCAAAUACAACGUCAGACAUCUAAUGCCACAAUGACCUCAGACAGCACAGUCUUCCAGCUGUGUACCAGCUCUGUCAGUGGUUCCCAUCUUGUUCAUACAUGAUUUAAGGUCGUAAAGGAAAAACGGAGAUUUUAUUUGUGUUGACACCAUUGUUUGAGCGAUUGGGGUAGUUUAUUAAAUGUCACAUAGGUGCAAGAGUUUUCUUUUGUUCCUGGUCUAAAACAGGAAGUGGUGUUUGACAGGAAAAAAAGGCAUGACGUAGUCCACGCCUGAGUCUAUUUUCCACCAAGGCUGAGGCGUGGAGUGAUACACAUGUGAGGAAGGUGUGUAAAUUUAGGACGGGAGUCCAAAGAGUAAAUUAGUUUAUGAUGUUUUUGAACAAUAAUAAUGAUGUUAAUGUAAAUAUCAGUGAAAUAAACGUGUUCUGUUUUCAGUUUUUUUUUUUAAA